GUCGAUGAAAGCACUUCAACAGAGAUAGGGUGACUGCAAUUCAGUCGCGCAGACAUAUUUGUUGCGCAUUUUCACUCGCAUUGCAUAGCAAAUACAAAACGAUGGCCUCAACCGAAGAGCCUCCUGUGGCGGAAAGCACUCCCGUCAAUGCUCCUCCAUCUACCGAAGAUGGACGUGCGUCAGUAGAGAAGUCAGCGCUCAGUGCGAUGUUGACUGCUGUGAAGACGAAACGCAUACUUAGCCCGUCUAAGAACCUGCGUGAGCAGAUGGGCGGUUCGUCGGGUAGCCGAUCAGGGUUGUCGGGCCGUUUUUUGCCACCAUCCCCUCCGAAAGGCACCACUAUGUCUGUAUGACUCACUAUGACUGAUUUGAUCUAUGCACUAAUCGUAAUUUAUAGUCAAGCUUUCCCCUUGUAAUUGCUUAAAUGCGGGUUCUAGGAGAGAUACGUGAAGUCUAAGUGGAUUGGUCUGUACUUCCUAGCGUAACAUCAGUAUUGACAGAUGAACAGACGGAACCUUCCCAGCACGUUCCCUUUCAUAUUCUGGCACCGGAGGAGCCCUGUCCUUCCCGAAGAGGGACAAUUUAGCGGAGCGUUGUCGGCUUUUGUCGCCUCCACCGAAGCGCAAGUUGGGACAGCUGCCUGAGCCAGCAGUGUCAUUGGAUCCUAGUGGCCGUAUAAUAACUGAUACCGUAUUAACAGCUGAGACUACAACUACAGCACAGGAAGCUCAAGCCGGCACCAUUAAGACUAGUACCGCAGUCGCAUCCUCAACAUUGUCCCUGCCUCCCCUUUCAAGUAGGAGAUGGGCACGGGCAUAGUUUCAAGGGUGCGACUGCAAGGUCUCUAACACCAUUUCCGCUGCUUAUGACGAUGCUGCAAGAGCAUCAUCGAGAACACUGUUCCAGGAUGAGGUAAUUCGUGAAUCAGAGAUAACCUCCAAGAAGGGCAUACCGCAGUCACCUUCGAAAUUGACGUACACUGAUCUACGAGACAGGCUUCAGGGUGGUGAUAAACUGGGCGUCACUGCAGUGGCCGAUAGGCAUCGAAAUGCUGUGAAAUUAUUGGAGGAUUUGCGGCAAGAUGUUAGCAGCCUUGAAAGCAUGGUCGCGGAAGUGUCAAAUUUUUAUGGAAAGACAUUUAGUUUUUCAGUUAUGAAGAUGGGGCAACAUGGAGUUCUUAUAGCUUUUUCAAAUUGAGGUAGUACUGAGAAAUACCUUUUAGUCUCAUUUUCAUCUACGGACGUUCAUGUUGACUAAGAACUGCCUCAUUUCUUGUUUGACUUUACUACCUCUUUCAUAUCUUCAAAACGGACCAUAUCGAGCAAAGAGUUGCACAGCUUAGGCGGAAACAGGCGACUUUACGAGGUUGGCGGGAGUCUUUCAAGGACUUCUUCGAUGAGAGGAAAGUUGUCCUGGUCAAACAAGCGAAAGAAAUAGAGGAGAAGCAACAAGCGGAGGUAUCAUAACCAAGUGGAUUUUGAGAUAGUCCACCUUUCGUGGUGAGUUACUGUUGUAACUUCCAAUGUACUUCCUCCUGGGGAUGCUUUUGCUUGUAUUUAAGCUCUGGUUGAUGAAGACUUACAUUUUCAAAAAAACUAGAGAAUAAGAGAUACAAGAACUUUGACUUUUUUUUUUCUAGGUCCUCACCUCACGAGAAGAGCUGAUUGCAGCAAGAGACGAAAUUGAGAAGCUGGAAAGCAAGCUUGCUGCAACUAAGCAAAACUGGCAAGUGGCGAGAGAGAAAAGUACUCGUCUUUAGAUUCAGUCGCCAUCUAUGGAGUUGGACACUGACGAAAAUUUUCAUUUUGUAGAGAUGAACGAUUUCAGUAGGGGUUCAUCUUCAUGUUUUGAAGAAAAUAACUUCUUACUCAUUCAUACAUUUCUUCUGGAGUUAGAAGUCGUACACGAAAUCAUCAAACUAACAGACUUUGCCGAGUCUACGCGUUUGCGCGAACGAGAACAGCGAUUGCGAAGACAGAUUGACGCGCUAGCUAGUAGCGGGAAGACCGGGAGAGAGAACCACGAGGCAGCGGUAGCAAGGUUUGAGACUGUCAUAGCGGAGUUGGAGGAAAGACGAGACCUGAUGGCGAAAGAAAAGGGCGAUCAAACCAACCUCUUCGAAACACGGGAAAAGCAACUGCAGGUAUUAAGAAUAGAGGGAGUAGGUGGUUGUAGUCAUACAUAUUGAGAAUAGAGGUACUUCCACAUUUAUAAUAAGAUAAGUCGUUGUAGUCAUACAUAUUGAGUAGUGACUGAGAAUGAUAGAUCAGAAGGUAUGAGAGAAGGCGUUGAGAUAGCUAUCAUGGAUUCAUCUCCUGUGACAACAAUCUCAGGAACGAAUUGCGAUGCUAGAGGCCGAUCCUUCUUUUUCUGGUAGAGGUCUAGCGGCAGAACGAGAAUCUUUAGAGACGACAGUUGAAAAGCUUCGCCAAUGCCUACAGAGAAUCACUCAGGAGUGGCAAGCUUCGGGCGGUUUCUCCGAUCUUAUGGAUGAUGUGCUUUUUUUCGGUUGAAUGAGUUCUGGUACCUCUUCAUUUGGCAAGUUGGUGUUCUUUGAUGGAUUUAGACAUAGGAAUCGCAAUGGCCUCACUUAUCUGCAUUGCUUCAUCAAAUGAAACUAGUAUGGAGUAGGUAGUGUCUGGUAGUUUACACUUUUCUAAGACGAAUAUGGCGAAAGGAAGAGAGGAAUCGAGCAAAGCGAAGGCGAAAGGUUGGAGUGAAGUGGAGAGGCUGGAGAAGGAGAUUGCAUUGUUGGGAGCCACCAAGCCGACUAGCUCAGAGGAGGAGCAAGUUCUACAGCUAUUGCAAGAAGCAGGCACACUUGCCUCCGGGCGGACCAGGGUGUUACUCGGGGAGGUAAUCUUAACAGUAUAUUGACUUUUUUUUCCUUUGUCCGGUAUCGGUUUGUGAUCGUGCGGGGAGUCGCGCAGGGGUGAGGCCCCCGCGUUGCCUGCACUCGACGGUUUGCAUUGGUCCACCCGUGUGCGCUUCCUCCAGGAUGCUUCUCGCCUUGUUCUUCGCUUGUCGUGGCUCCUUGCGAAUUUUCCGGCUAUGCGUGUUCAGUAGCUUCGACACGCCUGCCAGGCGUAGGGGUGAUGGGGUGCACGAUCUUGGGGACCGACGCUCGGCGCGAUGCCUAUUCGGACAGAGUUGGGGCGGCCUAGGUUGGACUUGGUCACACGUACCCCGCCGCCGACUGCCUUGGGCCUGCUUCCUGGCUGUUGCUUUUAUUCAGUGCCGGAAGGAGUGCGGCGAUUGCUGGCCGAGCACAAGGGCGGCGCGGCCGAGGGGGGGAGGAAGGCAUAGAAAAGCGCGAGGGAAAUCGCCCGCAGGAUGAGGGACCAGGGGGAGCCCCCUGGAGCCAUUCCAGGGGCAAACGCACCGGCAUGCCGUGGUUGGCUGGAGGUCCAGCUGCUGCCUGGCCUUGAUGCGGGGCCUCGCUCCAUUGAACGGCAGGCGCAAAGAGGGCCAAGCGAGCACCCGCGAGCCAAAUAGCGUCAGCCCCGAGACGCACGGCCAGGCCCGAGAGCGCGCGCAGCUGUCUGAGGGAGCGGCCCCCCGCGUGGUGCUGCGCACGUGUGAUCUUUCAAGAGGCUGGCCCAGGGCGCACCCUUGGAGGGGGGCCUGGCAGUGCGGUGGCUUCAUUGUGCAAGUUUUUUUGCAAAUUUGCGGGGCUUUGCCAGGUUUCGCGGCAUGCACGUGGUGACGACAGGUCGGCCCAUUGAUUCGGAAGGGUCAACUCUAUCAGACGCCCUAGAGGCCGGCGGCGUCUCUAAUUUCGACAGGUCAAAGCUUUCGGACGACGCGGGUCGCCCGCGUUGGCUGGAGGUCCGGACCCCCGCGGAGGCGAGUGAACGAAGGCGCGCGACUGCUUCGUGAAGGGCGCCCCGUUGGUGUAUCACGAGGCCCGAAAUACAACGGAGCGCCGGCGCCGGCCAGGCGCUUGUCGGUGGUAGUAGUUGCAAUGCCGUGCUUGUUGGGUUCGGUGGUGAAGGCCCACGGCGCCGAGGCGGGCAGGCUGCGGGCUCACUUUUGACGUGGAGCGAACCUCCCCCGCAGUGCUGCGGCGUUGUUGUGUGUGUGCCUUGUCUCGUCGCUUCUCUCCGUUUGUUCUGGCAGGACGCCCCCUCUGUCAUUUGAUGCACAGCCUGCCCUGUAUGAACGGGCCACGAGCAUUGUCAGCAGCUGACUGCCCAAUCCAUUUCAGGUGUCUUCAUUUUUCUCGCAGAUCUGGCUAUUAGAUCGUCGCAACCGAGACUUUGUCCAUGCCCUCAUGGGUUUGUCGUUUAAGUAUCCUUUUCACUGUCCUGGUGGGGAGAUAUACGUUGCGGGUGCCCCUGCGGCCGAUGCUCUUGUCGAUGGAAACCAUUAUGAGAAUGAAUGAUGCAAAUAAAACCCCAUUGACUUUUACAUGUAUUGUAAUGUAAAAGGAUUUCGAGAGAGUGAUCCCUGGAAGUACCUACCCCGCUAGGACUAGCCUCUUUCAUACGCCGAGCAGCAUACUGGCGCGCAGUCCCGGAGACAAUACUCCGCUAGCGUUUUUGAAGAAUUCGAUGCAAGAACGCUUAGACACCAGUGCUGGAGAUAUUGGGCCUUUGCUCGAUCCUAUUGACCUAGCGUCGCCUACAGGCAAGGUGGCGCCUCGCGAGUGGACAACGUUCGCAGUGUAGUUCGCGACUGAACAGCGUUCGCAGAGUAGUAUAGAUGAGUGGACUCCGGAAACCACAUGACGGAUCGUGAAGUACAGCGGACUGAAAGUUAUCUUCUAGCUAUCCGAGGGAACCAUGAGAACACACUGUUAGUUUGAAACAUUUCUGUACCUAAAUCGAAUUGCUUAUUGAUUCUCUCUCAUCACAACGGGAAUGAAUUCCGCAUAGUUCAUUCUCAUUGUCUGAAAACUUACUUGAUAAUCCGAACAACGCAGACUACGCAUAAGAAUCAACAUGAACAUUAUAGAGCCUGUCAUAUGCGGUACAAACUUAAGAAAUAUGUUGGAAGAAAUAUAACUGAAGAACAAACAAAUAUAGCCAAGCAUCAGCUGAUAGGUCUUCACCUUUUCUCUCACAGCAAACUGUGCAUUCGAUACAGCAUCCUUUACAAGAUCCGCGUUAUGGGGAACACUUACUUCUUUGAUAGUUAGACUACAAUCGUCAUCCCAUGUUCGGUUUCCAAUUUAAUACCCUUCCCAUUUCCACAGAGACAAGAUAUGCCUUGAAUGUACAGCUUCAGAUCGAAGUCGAUGAGGUUCGAAGUUAUGAUCAUACGCUCGCUUUAGCUCACUUCUUAGGUGAAUGUGAAAAACGAUAAGCACCACUUUUAGAACGAUCGUGCACAGGGUAGACCCUGAAAAGAACCAAGAUUGUCUUUUGCAGUCGACAAACAAUUUUUGAGGACCACAGGUCAUCUUCAACCUCUAGUAUUAUACGGUAGUCGCAUCUUCAAGGUCGGUU